AUGAACCUGGAUAUCGUUGAAAGCGAUGAGGAUGGACCUCCGGAGCUUGUGGACGCCAAAUUACGCCCACGAGACGAAGCACCACCAAUGAAAGUGCCCAUCACCAUCGUCACAGAAUUCGGUGACUCAGCCGACAUAGAAAAAUCCCUCACCGUCAACAAAGACGGCCAACAAGUCGAAGAAUGGAUCUCCCUUGCCAACGGCUGCAUCUGCUGUUCCGUCAAGGACUCCGGGGUCGCGGCUCUGGAGUCGUUGAUGGAACGGCAGGGAGCCUUCGAUUACAUCCUCCUCGAGACGACAGGAUUAGCGGAUCCGGGGAACAUCGCGCCCAUCUUCUGGGUUGAUGACGGGUUGGGGAGUAGCAUCUACCUGGACGGGAUUGUGACGGUGGCGGAUGCGAAGAAUUUGCUGAGAUGUUUAGAUGAGCCUGCCGCGGAAGAGAAGGCAGAAGAACAUACAAAUGGUGAAGGGCAUGCUCGAGGCCCAAACCUGACAACAGCCCAUCUACAAAUAUCCCACGCAGACGUCAUACUACUGAACAAAUCCGAUCUAGUCUCAACAACCGACCUCGCAAACAUCACAUCUCGCAUCCGCGCAAUCAACGGCCUAGCCCAGAUCAUCAACACAACGCGCAGCCGGGUCCAGCAGCUCGAGGGCGUCCUCUUGGACCUGCACGCCUACGAUGCCUUAAGCACGAUUCCAGACUUCGACGCGAAGGGACACAGUCAUCUCGACUCUUCCAUAUCUACGCGAAGCUUCUCUCUACCACGUCUCGACCCAGAAUCUCUACCAUUGCUAGAGGCCUGGCUUCGUGAGACUUUGUGGCGUGAAGGAGGGAGAAGCGGUGACAUUAAGGAGAAUGAUAAUGCCGCUGCAGAGGUACACAGAGUCAAGGGUCUACUGCCACUGACGGACAGCUCGGUGAAGAUAUUGCAGGGUGUGAGAGAGAUCUUCGAUAUCAUAGACUCUGGUCAUCCGGUUGAGGCAGCAGCGGAGGAGAAGGGGUGCAAGAUUAUCAUGAUAGGUAGACAUUUGGAAAGUAUUUUAGCGCCAUCCAUAAAAUAG